UGGGCUGUUGCCACCCGCCUUAACGGACAUUGCGUUGGAUGUUGUUGCGGGAAGCCGUUGUCAUUCUGUGUGCGGCCGCUGCGCACGCCUCAACAUGGUGGGAGCGACAGAACUUCGUCGUGGGCGCCGUCAAAAUGCUGCCUGUGGUAAGCUACAAUUUUUCACGCGAAGGCGGAGCGAUGGCGUUCACGUUCAAUUCCCGCAUGUUCUUCUCGCGUGAUGGUCCGGUGCCGGUCUUGCUUGUUUGCAACGAUACCGCAAUGGCCAUGAUCCGCGCGCCGCCGCCUGACGUCGCCUCGGACGAUGUAUGUCGCAACAAGGCAUGGCGAAGUCAAUGCAUCGACUUUGCCUUUACAGCCGCCACUUCGCCCGCAUAUGCCCCCUUUUGGCCUCUCCACCACCGCUUGUCUGCUGGCAUGUUGGACCGUUUAUCGCUGACAUCGACCCAGGCGCACUUUGUCUUGGACGUAUGCCGUAUCGUCCAAAACACGACCGAGGGUGUCGAAGUCACGGUCGAUUAUUGCAUCUGCGAUGUAUCGACUGGGGAUUGCGCUGGCAACAACUACAGUUUGUACCGCACAGUAUACGUCAUUCACGCGUUGCUGUGGGCUGGGCUGGGUUGGUUGUGGCUGGGCAAUCUUCGCCACGGCCCUCGGCAGUUCAUUCACGUCCCCCUCACGACUUUUCUCGUCCUUAAGAUGGUCCACACCGCCGUCGUGUGUGUGGCGGUUGAUCCAUCGUUUGUGGCGGAUGAACUCGUGGCCCCGCGAGUCGGUCGAAUUGCUGACUACUUGAAGCAGACCGUCGAAUGGGUCCAUCUCAUGGUGGUGUUUGCGCUUGCCGAUGGAUUUGGCACGUUGUGGCUCAACAUUCGAGGAUGUCUCUUUUCACUGCCAUUCAGUGGGUUUCCCAUCGGUGAUGCCAACGAUGGGUCGUGGAACCCGUUCCUUGCUGUUGUCGCCGUGUCAGCCAUCCUCCUCGUGAUGCAAUCGCUCGCGAGCAGGCGGCACCGGGUUUUGUUUGCCGCGUGGAUGGUUUUCUACGAUGUCGGCAUCGAUCCAACGACGACGCCGAUCGAGACCAAGAGGCGGCUCCUCCUCCGCUUUGUUCGCAUCUCCGCGCUGUACUUUGCAGCGAAGUUUGUGCUCGAAUUGGUGUUUUACUGUGAAUGGGAUUCCCAUGUGUGGAUGCUCGACGCAGUCCACGAAACCCUUUUGAUCGUACAAGCUGUCGCAGUGGGGACGAUGUUUCGGUGCCGCGAGUUUCGAUACGACGCGGUGUCGCGUACACCGUUUCCUCUGCCUCGCGCACAUGUUCCCGAGGACAUCGCUGUGGCUCCUGUGGCGACCGAAGCUAGCAAGUUCGUCGUAUUCAGCCACCCCGAUGGCACCACUGCAUACGGCCAACAGUUGCAGCCACGUCAACAAGCACCGCUGUCGGCCAAGGACAACGAAGUCGCUGAGCCGUCGGCCACUCCAGGCAUGAGCGACAAUGGCGACUCUCGAACUCGUUUGUAAAUGAAUGUGUUCGCAGUUAAAAUAUACAAAGCCAUAGCGCACGAGGUGCACAAUUUUGAAACGUGCAAUCAAGUACACCAGUAGAUUAUUUGGCUUACAUGAAAAAGAGUCUAUCCCGGUUCCACAAGCUCUGCCAUCUUCCAAACGAAAUCGGCAUCGAUCGAUCGAUGCAGUGGAUUCUUUGCACGGCCGCUGGAUGCAAGUGCUUUCAACGA